AUGGUGGAAGGAGGCCCUCUGGCAAGGACGAGGAGAUAUACUUCACAACUCCCAUCUCUCAGCGUCAUUCUCAUAUUCACGGAUGAAGCUCUGUCUGUUAUACAAAGAGCCAUCACCAGCAUCGUCAACUGGACACUCUCUCAAUUGUUGAAGGAGAUCAUCUUAGUGGACGAUUUUAGCUCAAAUGGAGAAUUAAAGGCAUACUUGGAUGAGAAGAUUAAACUUUACAACCAGAAGUCUCCGGCACUACUGAAAACCAUACGGCAUACCGAGAGAAGAGGUCUUGCUGCUGCUCGCAACACCGGCAGGGAGGUGGCCAUGGCUGACGUGGUUGCCAUCUUGGAUGCUCAUGUUGAAGUGAACGUUGGGUGGGCAGAGCCCGUCCCGGCGCAGGUUCGGGAAGACCGCCCCGUGGUUGUGUCUCCUGUGUCUGACAACAUUCUUUUCGGCACCUUUAAACUGGAUAAGUGUGCAUUAGCAGUUGACGGGUUUACUUGGGAGCGAUGGUGCCACUAUGAUUCACUGCCAAAGGCCUGGAUUGAUCUGCGUGACGUCGGCGCUCCUGUGAAGAGUCCUUCCAUCAUGGGCAUCCUGGCUGCCAACAGGCUCUUCUUGGGAGAGAUUGGAUCUCUGGACGGUGGGAUGCUGACCUAUGGAGGGGAGGACGGGGAACUUAGACUGAGGGUGUGGCAAUGCAGUGGGAGAGUCAAGGUCUUGCCCUGCUCCCGGGUUGCCCACCUGGAGAGACACCACAAGCCCUACUCCUUGGACCUGAGUAUUCUGAAGCACAAUGCCCUGAGAGUGGCUGAAAUCUGGAUGGGUGGGUACGAAGGCAUGGUCUACCUGGCCUGGAACAUGCCUCUCCAGAAGUCUGGAAUCGAUUUUGGAGACAUUUCUUCCAGAAUGGCACUCCAGAAGAAACUGAAAUGCAAAACUUUUGACUGGUAUCUGAAAGAUGUUUAUCCAGUCCUGAAGCCAACCCACAGCACUGAGGACUACGGAAGAAUGAAAAACCCACUAGACGGAAGUGUCUGCCUGGACCAGGGAGCUAUUCCAGGCAAGCCGAUCAUGUAGUACUGCCGUCAGUACGGUUCCCAGAGUGUCUACUACCACCUAACUGGGGAAGUCUAUGUGGGACCACUGAUUGCUGAGACAGACAUUGAUGACUGCUGUCUGACAGACCCUGGCAAAGGGGAGAAACCUACUUUAGAGCCAUGUUCCAAGGCAGUCAUAAAUAGACUGCACAUACCCUGGGAUUUUAAACCGUUGAGAAGGGAAGAGGCUGGCACAGAGGUCCAAUCCAGGAGACCUACACCUCCACUUCUGAUAGUGGCUGGACAAAGAGGGUCCAGACCCUCAACUCCUCCAGAAGACGAGACCCCCUCCGGUCCCCGCUGCCACCUGCCCAGCUCCACUGGGGCUCCCCGCUGCUGCCUCCAGUUCAGCCUGGCUGCCGGGACCAAGAAUGGGCCCAACAGCCAGCAGCCAGGGAGCGCCUCCUUGGAGACUCGGCCGCAGUUGAAGUACCGGAGCUGCUGGCUGCCUUCUCUCGCGCUGCAGGCGCCAAGGCGCAGCGCCUCUAAGGGGCGCAGCCGGAGCCGCACUCCGAGGGCACCGCGCACGCCCCCGGCUCCUGCUGCCCUGCGCCUCUGUGCGGACCCCGGUCCCCGAGAAGCUGCCAGCCUUGCAGGGGGCCUUGCGAAGGCCCUAGGCCGGAAAAAGAGGCUUCGGGGAGAGGGACAGCCCAGCCCCAGGUCCGCAUCUCUCCGGGGCCGGCGGGGACCAGCUGGGUCUGCCCUGCAGAGCCCCCUGCGGGAGCGGCCGGACGGCGCGCGGAGCGGCGGGUUCUGGUGGGACUCUGCACAAACAGCAGCGCAUCAGAGCACUCGUGCCAGGAACAGCACCGCCUGCAUUGCGUCGGACCUGACCAUUUCCGAUCCUCCGGAACUCCCCGCACCCGAGAGCGAGAGCGAGAGCAAGAGCGAGAGCGAGAGCGGCGUCUCCGGGCUGCCGGCCACGGGCGAGAAUGGGGGUCGGGAACGGACGUUUCCGCCGCGGCUGCCCAGUAAAGCGAGAGACCAGCUGAAGGAGAGCGGGACGAGGUGCGAGGGCGGCGCGUUGGCCCCGGCGCCCCCCGGACGCUGCGGCGGCCGCGGCUCGCGCCCGGGUACCGCAAAGGCGACCUGCCGCAUUCCCGCUCGGGCUCUCCGCCGACUCAGCACCGCCCCCGCGCCGAGCCGGCCGGCCAGGUAG